AUGAAGGAGAUGGCCAGGUGCAAUUCUUCCUCGGUGACUGAGUUUGUCCUUGAAGGCUUGACACACCAGCCAGAGCUCCAGCUGCCCCUCUUCUUCCUGUUUCUGGGCAUCUAUGUGGUCACUGUAGUGGGCAACCUGGGCAUGGUCCUCCUGAUCUCCUUCAGUCCCAAGCUCCAGUCACCCAUGUACUUUUUUCUUGGGAACUUGUCACUCAUAGAUCUGUUUUAUUCUUCAGUCACUACCCCCAAACUCCUGGGCAACUUUGUGCUUGAGCAGAAUGUUAUUUCCUACUCUGGGUGUAUGACUCAGCUCUUUUUCUUCUGUGUCUUUGCCAUUGGGGAGUGUUUCAUACUGUCUGCCAUGGCAUAUGAUAGGUAUGCCGCUAUCUGUAGUCCUCUGCUCUACAAUGUCACCAUGUCCCCGAAAGUGUGUAUUAUGCUGGUUAUAAUGGUCUACGCCAUGGCUGCAUUGGGAGCUUUAGCUCAUACAACUGCCAUGCUCAGGAUUUCUUUCCAUGGAGAUAAUAUCAUCCAGCAUUACUUCUGUGACAUAUUUCCUCUUUUAAAGCUCUCCUGCUCCAGUACCAACCUCAAUGAGCUUAUAGUGUUACUUGUAGGUGGAUUUGACAUGCUGGCAACCACUGGAACCAUCAUCAUCUCUUAUGUCUUCAUUAUUGCCAGCAUUCUCAGAAUGUCUUCAGCAGAGGGCAGGUCCAAAGCCUUUGGGACCUGUGGCUCUCACUUCACAGCUGUUGGGAUAUUUUAUGGCUCCAUCACAUUUAUGUAUUUUAAGCCAUCUUCUGGCAGCAGCAACCUGGUCCAGGAGAGGGUGUCCUCUGUGUUCUACACCACAGUCAUCCCCAUGCUGAACCCCUUGAUCUACAGCUUGAGAAAUAAGGAUGUAAAAAAUGAGCUUGGAAGGAUGAUGGGAAAGAUGUGUGGACUUCUUCAGGGUACAUGUCUAAACCAGUAA